AUGAUCCGCGUCACUAGCCUAGCGCACGUUCACUACGCCCACCCAGACCUCGACAAGGCUAUAUGUUUCCUGCAAGACUUUGGUCUCGUGGUUGAGGCCACCGUUGACGGCAAGACCUACCUACGUGGCUACGGUGAACAACCCUUUGUGUACGUUGCGGAACAGUCCACAGAUGGUCGAAGGCAUUUCCGCGGCGGCUACUGGGUUGCAGAAAGUCGCGCAGACCUCGAAAGAGCAGCCGCUAAUCCAGCUGCUGUUUCGGAAAUCGAGGAAAGCAGUGCACCGGGCGGCGGAGAAGUGGUUCGGCUUCGUGAUCCGUGGGGCUUUCUUGUAGGAUUCGUGCAUGGACAGAGGCUGCGGGAAGCAGAGGGCCCCAAGAGGCUGGAGGAAAAGGAAACUGCCGCAAAUGAGGCAGUCUCGAAGAAUCGAAAGGGAGUCUUCCGCCGGUUUCAACACGGAGCGUCUCCCAUUCACAAACUGGGUCAUUACGGAAUUCUGGUUCCAAAAGACCAGCUAGAUGCUGCCAUGCGCUGGUACUAUGGAACCAUGAACCUGAAACCGACUGACUAUGUGGUCGACCCUGAAACGAAAGCUGUGGAUUCUGUUUUCAACCAUAUUGACUUGGGCAAGGAAUACACAGAUCACCAUAGCUUUUUCAUCUCCACACUUCAUGGUCCGAAACCGUAUAUUCACCACUCUAGUUUCGAGGUCAAUGACUUCGACACGCAGGUUCUCGGGCACGAUUGGCUCCAGGCCAAGGGGUAUGUCAACUGUUGGGGUAUUGGACGCCAUGUACUGGGCAGCCAAAUCUUUGACUACUGGUAA